AUGGACGUCGCAAUGGCAACGGUUACAGUGGUCAUGGUGCCUGGAAGAUCCAUGCUCCGCGUAGUAGUGGUGGUCGGCUCAACGGCCACUGUCAUGGAUUUGGUAAGUAUGUCCACAAGCGACGAGACUCUACCCCAGCAGAAGCAGAGCAGUGAUGACGAGUUCGUUUUUUCGGUGAUCUCCAAUGAGACAGAAGGUAACUCAACGUGGUUGUUGGGCAGUGGAGCUAGCUGCCACGUGUCUGGAAUGCUUGAUGAUUUUAGUGACUAUCGUCAAUUGGAUACGCCCAUCAGUGUGAUGGCUGCCAGUGUGCAAAGACUCCAAGCAAGAGGAUUUGGCCAAGUUCGUAUGAUUCUCGCUGAUGGUUGUAGUGUUAAGCUCACGGAAGGGCUCUAUGUCCCGCACCUGGAGAGCAAGCUAGUACCGGUGUCCGCAUUGACUGCGCACGGGGUCCUCAUCCACUUUGAUACUCAUGCUACAUCGUUAAUGAUUGAUGAGAAGGUGAUUGCUCGAACUCCUCGAAUAGACGAACGAAAGUGA